UGGGCAGCGACCAACGUUCAUCACGGCACGCGACCCGUUGUGCACCGUUAAUCUUCCUGUGCGGCCAUGGAGCAAUUACUACUGAACAGCAAGACCAUACGAUAGCAUCCUCUUCAUCUUUCCGAUCCGAGGUGCACAUACAAUGGCGCACCAAGCGCCUCAACUUGCGCCCCCUCGCGAUUCGUUGGAGCUUGCGAGUUUAGCAAGCUCGUCGCACGACCAUGGCCGCGCAUCACAAGAUUCGUCCUCAUCAGGCGCGCCGAGUUCGCGGAAACUGUCAUCGGAUGAUGCUACGCCUACUCGCCAGAUCAACCACAACCGCAGAUCAUAUUCGGUGUCAAGUACAUUCGACUUCAAUAACGCAUUAUUUCCCCUGACGUCCUCCGGUGCUGGAUACACCGCAUUGGGCACACCAAACACAUCUACAUUUGAUACACCGGGCCAGCAAAACCUCGAAAGAAACAAAAGCUUGACGUUUUUGAAUGGAUUAUCGCUCGUCGUUGGAGUGAUUAUUGGCAGUGGCAUAUUCUCUUCACCAGCUAGCGUCAACAGCAACGCAGGAUCGCCAGGUGCGGCCCUGAUCAUCUGGGUAAUUUCGGGUAUAUUGGCAUGGACAGGCGCAGCGAGUUAUGCGGAGCUAGGAGGCGCCCUGCCGCUGAACGGAGGCGCGCAGGUGUAUCUGGCGAAGAUAUUCGGAGAAUGGGCGGGAUUUGUUUUUACUUGGUGUUCCGUGGCAGUUCUCAAGCCCGGUUCCGCAGCCAUUGUGUCGCUCAUCCUUGGAGAAUAUCUUGUCCGAGCUGUGGUAGGCGCCGACGCCGAAGCAGUCAACCCCUGGGUCAACAAGGGGGUCGCCUUCGCCGCAUUGAUCAUCGUCACCCUGAUGAACUGUGUUUCCACAAAGCUAGGGACUCGCAGCGCGGACAUUUUCAUGUUCUUCAAGAUUGCUGGUCUCCUCGUCAUCACCAUCACUGGUAUAGUGGUGGGCACUACCGGAUUGGCAUACAACAAAGCUUCGCUCUCAACGACGUGGCGCACCACUCCGUGGUUUGAGGGUACUUCUACGUCAAGUUCGCAAUGGGCUGUCGCACUCUACGCUGGACUCUGGGCGUACGAUGGCUGGGACAACACCAACUUCGUCGUGGGAGAGAUGGUCGAUCCCGGUCGCGACCUACCCAAAGUCAUUCACACAGCCUUACCAUUGGUCAUUGUAUCAUACAUCCUCGCGAACCUGGCGUAUAUCUUCGUUCUGCCGACCGAGAUUAUUCAGCACUCGAACACAAUCGCCGUCGACUUUGCGAGUGUCGUAUAUGGCCCAGCUGGAGCGAUUGUGCUUGCCAUCGCCGUUGCCGGUUCGUGUUUCGGUGCGCUCAAUGCGUCGACCUUUACCACCGGUCGCCUUAUCUACAAAGCCAGCAAGGAGAAUUACAUCCCGGAGUUUUUCAGCACGAUCGGUUUCUCGAGUUCGGCACACCGCAUGCGACUUCCGAGAAGAACUGCACGCAGCAAGAGGUUAGCCGGCUGGCUUGCCGAUGAACCCGGAUUCUUCUUCACGCCUAUUUACGCCCUCAUUCUCAAUGCCGUUCUCACAUCCGCUUACCUUGCCGUCGGUGAUUUCCAAACAUUGACGACGUUCUAUGGCGUUGCAUCGUACCUUUUCUAUUUCGCCGCUGUUGUCGGACUGAUCGUGCUCCGAGUCAAGGAGCCUGAUCUGGAGCGACCUUAUAAAUGCUGGAUAAUCACGCCCAUAAUCUUCUGCUGUGUUAGCUUAUUCUUGGUGAGCAGAGCAGUGUUUGCGAAGCCACUUCAAGCGCUCAUUGUCUUUGGCUUUCUGGCAAUUGGAAUUCCACUUUACUGGUUUCGCCUGGGUCGAAAUCAUUCCCGGAGUGGAGGCCACGAAACUAUCCCCUGGUGGAAAAUAUGGAAACGAUGAUGAACUGUACCUUUAGUAUUCAUGAGAAACUCUACAUUACCUGAUUUAAUGAAACCCUGGAUGCUGUUCCUUUUUACAGAUGCACAAUGUGUCGCCGCGCAUUUCGCCUAUUACAGCAACCGCGUGAGAGUACAAUGGAAGUUCAGGCACUCUAGAGGGAAUACCGAGC